AUGGAGAACGUGAACGACAUGAACACGACGACGGAGGUGAAGUGCGUCUACAACGGACGCCUGGAGGUGCCCAGCGCGGCGCUGUCAGAGGAGACCGCGAGCAACCAGGCGUGGCAACAGGAGCGGUUCGAGUGGCGAUCUGUCCGGGUGUUUCUCGACGACGGAGGCUUGAGGUUCUGGAACAACUUGAUUUCCAUCCUCGACAUUGCGACCGUGGACAUUGAGGCGCGCGCGGGAGACGCCCCUCGCCUGGUGCUCAUCCACAUGGACCAUGCGUUCCCCACGCUCUCGAGUCCGUACCCACCCUUCUUCAAGAGUGCGCUGUUUUUUCCCCAAACCCCCAGCGGGUCUCGCCCCGCGGGCCAGACGACGCUGGUCUUUCGGAUCCCUUCCACGGCGGUCGAGGAAGAAAGCGACUACGGCGACUUGCUCCGGGGCCUGGAACUCCUGCAGAAGACGGUCGCGUUUCUCGGCGGCCUCCGCCCCAUGUUUCGGCGCCUGCGAGACCACGCGAUCUCCGCCGACGAAAUCCGCAGCGAGUUCCUCGCUUUCCAGCUGCGCGAGGGGCCACUCGCGCGCCCCGAGAAGAACGGCGCAGUCGCCGACAAGUUCUUGCAGACGCUGCCGGCCGACCGGCUGAAGCUAUUGCGCGCCGGCUUUCUCCAGCGAGACUGCUCCGUUCUGGAGGAGGCGAUUGCGUACGUCCCCGUCGCCGUCUACGAGCACAUGCGCGCAGGCAUCCCGCUCCUCUCCCACCUCUCCGUUGACCCCACCCGGUACCGCGUGUGGCGACAGGCCUUCUUGAAGGCGAAUGCAGACAACCCGGAGCUCUGCGAGUGUCUGGGGACGCCUGCGCGGUCGCCUCGGUCGCCCUCGCGGGCUCGAGUCCUCGCCGAGGUCGCCCGCGCCUCUCGCAAAGGCGACGCGACGGACGCGAACGGCUUCCAGGAGAAGAAGCCGAACCUCCGCAGCCCCACCUCGAUCCACAUGGGCGUACCGAUCCCCCUGCGGUUCCCCGACGUGUUACCCUUCAAACUUUCCGCGGGCGGCUGCCGAAUCGCCAAGGGUCGGACGUACCGGUGCGAGGACGCGUACUUUGUGCUGGAACGCGAGGGCGCCUUCGGCGUCUUUGACGGUGUCGGAAGCUGGGCCACCGAGGGGAUCGACGCAUCCAAGUUUUCGACCGCACUCGCGCACGCGUGCAGCACCCUCGCGCAGGAGCAUCUCCAACCCGGCGCAGUGUCUGCUCGGUUCGCGCGGCUGAACGUGAAUUUGCGCGCGCGGGAACUCCUCGCCGAGGCCCACGCUCGCGUGCGUCGCGAGAGCCCGACGGCCUGGGGCAGCAGCACUGCAGUCGUCGGCGUGUUCGACAGCUACCUCGGCCAGCUCGGCGUGGCGUGCCUCGGCGACUCGGUCCUGACUGUCUUGCGUCGGCAAAUGAUGCCGAAAAACAUGCACUUCAUGGCCGGCGGCGCGAGCGAGACGACGGCCUCGCAGAUCCUCUCCUCCAGUCCCACGCAGGUUCCGCGCCUGAUCCGGAAGAUCCGGUACCGGAGCGCCGAGCAACGGUGGUCGAACGGCGCGCCGUACCAGCUGUCGAACUUGCCGCCCGAGAACGAGUGGGACAGCCUCCGCGAACAGGGCUACGAACGCUUCGUCGAAGUUCUCCAGCGAAUCGACAACGUCGGAGACAGCGCGGACAUGGCCCGGGGCCCUCCGCAGCCGCUCGUCAUGCACCCGGGCGACCUCAUUCUCCUCUACAGCGACGGCGUCGCGGAUAACCUCUUCGACAAGGAAAUCGAAGUCUUUGCUUCCCUGGCGAUCAGCCCAGAGGAAGCCGUCGCCAUGGGCCUCGGCCGGGACGCCUGCACAAAGGCCCAAGACGUCGCCGACAUGAUCUGCAAACUCGCGAGGCGAAGAGCUGCAGACAGAGUAGGUCCAGGAGCGAGCGACGUUUUUUGGGAGCAAAAACGCGAGGGCCGGACGAGACAGAUGCGUGUGCCAAAAAGACGGAUUCUUUUGAAUCUCCAAAAGCGGCGCGCGCACGUGCGCGCAUGUGUGUUCAUGUGCACACGCGUUUCCCUUCCCCUUGAACUCGCGUGGACCGUCUCCUGCGUUUUCUCUCCUCAGGCAUUCGACAAACCUUUCGUCCCUGGGCCUCCAGGGGCUCGGCACGUGCCACCAGGGCGCGGCGACGCCUCCAGUGCAGGCGCCAGGCGGGGGGCGAAGCGCGACGACAUCAGCUGCGUAGCCAUCUGGGUCGAGGGCCUGCCGGAUCCGUCCUUCGAGGCCUGUGGAGCCUCAGAAUCGACGUCGGAGACUGCCGCACCUCCGGAGAUUUGCAUGACUUCGACGACCGUGUCGGAAGCAAGUCUGGAGAGCCUGCCUGCAGGUCAUGCGUCAGACGAACCCGCGGCUGAGGCGUCGCAGGCUCCCGCGUCAAGCGCGGUUGAGGUGCCGACAAGCGCGGGUGAGGUGCCGACAAGCGCGGGUGAGAUGCCGACAAGCGCGGGUGAGAUGCCGACAAGCGAGCAACCGGCGCGUCCCCUGCCGGAGGUGGAGAGCACAUCUAAAGCCUCGUUCGCCGAAAUGCGCGCAGGAAGUCGGAUCCCGUUGCCGCCUGUGGUCGAUCCCGGAAGCAGAGGGACGGAGAAAACGAGCUGUCGCCAAGCCGGUGACCGAGGGGUCCGCGCUGUCUCCGCGUCUCCUUCGGGCGCCGUUCCGCGGCGUCCGGGCUUUCCGCGGGCGUCCACGCGGCCUGUCAGCGCUUCGCACAUUCCCCUGCCGAUCGCGAAAGGCCGAGCGAGACUCCGGGGCCCUCGACGAAGCAAGACUCCAGGGCCGUGUUCUGUCUCGGCAGGACAGCACGCCGUGAGGAUUGCGCGGGUAAAGUGUCGGGGAAGGUGUGCCGGAGACACUUCGCAGGCUCCGGGAGAGAACCCGAGUGUCUCGGGCGCGGGCGUCAAUCAGGAGUCGGGGGCGGCGCCAGCAGAAGCAGAGAUCGCGGAGCACGCAAGUCUUGCAUGUCCUCUCGCUCCCAGUUCGUGUGAGUCUCGGAGCGGCGACUCCACCCCACCGGGCUGCGGCAAGGCGGUGCGCCGGCCGGCUGGGGAUGCAGGCGAAGUCAGAGACGCGGCGUCGGCGAGCGGAGAUCCUUCCGAGCGGGCGUCUCUCGCCAAAAGUCUGACGGAUGCUGCAGCCUGCGGUGGAGCGCCACCGCGCGACGAGGCGACCGAAAACGCAUGCACGGCUUCCCUGCUUGCCGCUUCCCGGGGUCCGCCCCGAGCGCCUCCGAAGAAGGGUGUGUCUCGCAUUCUGGCGAGGAUUCAGGAGAGAAGUACGCGCGGCGCGCACAACUCCCAGCUGGCGAAGCUGACGGAAGCCUCGCCGGUGCCACGCAAGCGCGUCGUGAAAUCUCCACAGUCUGUCCUCGGGGGGCAUCAUGCGAAGAAGCCGCAGAAGCGCAUUCCCCCUGUCUCCGACAACUAUAAGCCGAACGCCUCUUUCCCCCUGCCGUGCUCUGCGCCAGUGCGUGUGGACGCCUGUGCAGGCCGACCGGAACAGGGCUCAGGUGUACGUACACCUCAUCACGUGACGCCUCCGCCGGCAGAUCGCCCCCCGCACUUGGGCCGCGGAACUCGGCAUCCAGCAGGGGCCGAGGCGAGUGAUAAGAAAGAGGGCGUGAACGGCAGCAGACAGCGCGGGGUGAGAACGCCUGCAAAGGGGACUCGAAGCGAGCAAGGGAGACGCGUUCUCACGGAAAGGGGAGACAGGCAUCAGGCGGAAAAAAACAACCUGUCUGGCGUGGCACGUGACGGCGCGGCAGGGGAGGUUUCUGAAGAAUCCCGUGCGGCCGUUUCUGACGUGUCGACAGCUGAAGAAGCGGGCGCAGGGAACUCGAGUUUCAUGCGGAAACGGAGAUGCUUAGACGCGGAGACCGGACAGUGGUUGACCUCUCAGAGCUGCCGGUCUGGGGAGUGA